GCCGCUGCUUCUAGAGUGUGUACAGUGGGAGUGUAUCAGCCGCAGCAUAGUCAUGUUCAUACCGGCAGCGUCAGAUUGUUCUCUCCCUGCGGAAUCAACCCUACUGCUGCCUGCAGUAUCUGUGGGGAAUGUUGGACAGUUGGCCAUUGACUUGAUAGUGUCCACGCUGAAUAUGCCUAAGGUUGGAUAUUUUUACACUGACUGUCUAGUGCCUAUGGUGGGUAAUAAUCCUUAUGCCACUAAUGAUGAAAACUCAUUGGAACUAUGUACAAAUGCUGAAGUGUAUGCAUUGCCCUCCAGAGGUCUUACUGUUCUUCAGAUCAGAUCGUCGCUCAUUAAGAAAAAAUCAAGAGCUUUCCGCCAAGCCUUAACAUGCUGGAUUAAGAAGUGUGGAUUUGCCAAAGUGGUUCUUCUAUCUAGCAGCUAUGCCUAUCACCGGGAUGACCAGCAGCUCUUUGGGAGUCCUUUCCGUUACUUGGUCACUCCGGGUUUGCAGACAUCGGUGGCUGAUGUGAUGAAGGAGUUAGAAUGGAAGGAAAUGGAGAAGGUGUCUCUAUAUCCAGGGAUAAAUGAUGAAUCUAAAAAGACCUCUAUCCCUGGGGGAGGAUUUACAAAGCAGAUGUUUGAGGACUGCUGCUCAGAAGACAUUCACAUGGCUGUUGUUUUAAAGUUCUGUUCAGAAGGUGACAACAUUCCUGAUGCUUUUGCCCUUCUCGAUCACCUCAACAAAUGGCUUCAUUUGCGUGAAUCCGCAACUGAUGAUAUCGCCCCUCCCUGGAAGAUGCCAAGUUCGUGGAGGUUACUCUUUGGCAGCGGUCUGCCACCUAUGCUUUUCUAAUGGGGCACAGCUGGUGGUUUGAAUGGACUUUAUAAACACUUAAACAUGGGCAUAUGUCGUAGAGGAAAGGCCAAAGGAGGUUUUGGUUUCCAGUCAUGUUUUUUUUUUGGCUGAUUACUAAGCUUUAUCCUUGUGUGGUAAGGUGCAGCAAGGAAUGUAUAGCAGCCAUGUAGGGUAAUGUAAUGUGUUUAGCAGCAAUGACCACAACCAGCUAUGUAAGACUGAUAUACAGAUACUGCUAGAAAAUUACAGAAGCAAGCUACUUAGUGAAAGUCGCUGGAAGGCAUGUAUUAUAAAAGGUGUUCAGUUUCUACACCCAAUAACAAGCUUCAGGCACCUGUCGCCACCUAUCAGAGGCUUCUGAAUAGGGAGGGGGGGGGGGGCAGCAUGUCAGAGGCGCUGGGGUGGGGAAGUGCUAACUCCCAGAUCAUCGCAGAGACUCUGACUUCAAAACUCCAGCGCUGCAGCGUACCUGUCCAGCCGGCUCUUCACAUAAGUAUUACAGGGAGGAGGCGGGGAUGUCCCAGCAGGCUCAGCAUGGCCUUGCCUCCUCCAGGUAAUGCAUCUGUGAAAUCUGGCUAGGACAGGACACAGGGCAGCAUGCUGCUGCGCCGGAAUAUUGAAGUCAGGUGAUCUGGGGGUAAGAGCUCCCAACUGGGGGGUUGAGUUUAAGCGUGGAUGGGAGCACCAAAAUGUAUUUUUAUGUACGCCUCCCCAACCACAUCACAUUCCGGCGCCCCUGCCACCUAUACCAAAGAUGGGCAACUUUAACCACUCUACUUCAUUAAUGAAGUUUCUGUCACAGUGGACUAUUCCUGACUUAAGUAAACGAGUUGCGGGAAGGAAAACAGGCCUUUGUUCCUGGAAUGUAACUUUUUAUUUAAUGAAACCACGUAAUCUAUGUGGAUGGAUGGUGGAUGAGGAAGAAAUGGCUGUGUUUGUCUUUCUGUGGUUUCAAUCCUGACUCCUAACUGAAGCAGCACAUUUUAUACUGUGCUGUCUGGUCAGCGCACUUCCAUCUGGUAAGAGAGCAAAAUAAAAUAUUUUUGAUUGUGCAA